GUCGCAUCCGCAUUUCUCGCGAGUGUACAUAACAAGGUACUAUAUGCACACGCCAAAGCAGUUAAAUCAGUCAAUCAAGUUAAAUGUGUGCAGCGCGAAGUCCAAUUGUUAAUUUAUUUUUUAAACAAUAUGUUGUUUUGGGCCGUGGUGGAGCGACAGCGGCUUGGAGCAGGUGGAGCAGAGCAAUUGGCCUCAGGAGCAGCGUAGAAGCACGUUGUCUCAGCACUAGCGCUGAUAUCAACAUUGAAGCAGCCGUUACAAAUCAAGCUCUUAUCAAUACCACACUACAGGGCCCAAAAACAGUGAGUGAUUACCAAGAGCUCUACGAAGCAACAAAAAAGAAAUUUCAAUCUAAAAAAUUGCCCAUCGAUGUGCAUCCAGAUGCUGUGUUUGCUUGCAAUGAACUCGAUUUGAGCGAGGUGCAGGUCUAUGGCUUCGACUAUGACUAUACGCUGGCUUGCUACAAGCCCAUAUUGGAGGAUUUGCUGUACAAUUUGGCGCGCGAAAUGUUGGUGAAACGCUUCAGGUACCCAGAAGACAUACUGGACUUGGAGUAUGAGCCAAAUUUUGCUGUGCGUGGCCUCCACUACGAUGUGGAGAAGGGUUUGCUGGUAAAAUUGGACUCGUUUCUACAGCUGCAACUAGGAUCGGUGUAUCGCGGACGCACCAAGGUCGACGAGGAGGAGGUGCUUAAGCUCUACCAUAAUCGUUUGCUGCCCAUUGCCUAUGUGGAGGGUCCCAAUAGUGGCCAUAAUCAUAAUACAAAUUCCAAAAUGGUGCAGCUGGCGGAUUUGUUUUCAGUUCCAGAGAUGUGCCUGCUGUGCAAUGUAAUUGAAUAUUUUGAACGCAAUCGCAUUGAUUACCAUCCAGAGAUUGUAUUCCACGAUAUACGCACUGCCAUGGGCUCCUGCCAUCCAAUUAUGCAUGCAACUGUUAUGAAAAAUACGGAGAAGUACAUUGAACGCAAUGCUAAGCUAGUGCAAUAUUUUGAAAAGCUGCAGAAAGCAGGCAAGAAUCUCUUCUUAGUCACCAACAGCCCGUUUUCGUUUGUCAACUGUGGCAUGUCGUACCUGGUAGGCGCCAAUUGGCGUGACUUUUUCGAUGUGGUUAUUGUGCAGGCGCGCAAACCAAAAUUUUUUACUGACGAAUCUCGUCCCAUACGUUUAUACGAUGAGAAGACACGCUCACAUCUGUGGGAUCGUGUCUCCAAAUUGGAAAAGGGCAAAAUCUACUACGAGGGGUCUGUGCGCCAACUGCAGGAAUUGAAGGGCUGGCGGGGCCAUUCUGUGCUCUAUUUUGGGGAUCAUCCCUAUAGUGAUCUAGCUGAUGUGACCUUGAAGCACAGCUGGCGCACUGGGGCUAUUAUUAGCGAGUUGGCGCAUGAAAUCAAAACGUUAAAUCGCGUGGACUUUAAAAUGAGCGCCAACUGGUUGCAGAUGCUGACGCAGCUUAUCGAAGAUACGCAGGAUAAUGAGAGCGAAGCAGCUCAAGCGUGCCUGCAAGAUUGGAUGAACGAGCGUGAUCAGUUGCGCAAUAAAACCAAGAAUGUGUUUAACGAGCAAUUUGGCAGCGUUUUUCGCACGUAUCACAAUCCCACGUAUUUCUCACGUCGACUGUUUCGCUUCGCUGACAUUUAUACAAGUGACAUAACGAAUUUGCUCAAGUUCUCCACAGCGCACACCUUCUAUCCCAGACGCGGCGUCAUGCCACACGAAUAUGCCUCCCACUUUAUAUAAAAUGGAAUAACUCUAUUGCGCUCUCAUACACCCACACACAUGUUACACACUUUAGCAUCUUGCCAUGAGGCUGGUAGGCUGGUAGCGUAUAGAUUUUAGAUGAAAAAAGUGCCAGUUUUACUGUUGAAUUUAGUUGGAAUAUAAUAUAAUAUAUAUUGU